AUGCAAACAAAAGCCUCGGUGCUCUGGCCGCGGUCGCUCGAGCUGCUCGAAGCCUACGACGGCGUCGUCGACGCUCUGCACGAGCGAUGCCUCCGCGCCUGUCGGACGACGUUUCGUGACCGAGGCGGCGUUAUCAACUCGGUGCCGCUGGACGCGCACAUGGACUCGCCGUACACGUAUGGGCUCCUCACGGAGCAAUGGUAUACCGAGCAGUGCCUUGCCUCGUACGUUGAAAAGCACGUUGCGAUCCAUCGGUCGACGACGCUACAGAGCUACACCCGCACGCCGACUGCCAUCAGCGCGUCACUGACCACUGCCGACGGCACCGACCUCGUCGUUCAAGCCAAGUAUCUCGUCGGCGCCGAUGGCGCUCGCUCCAGCGUGCGCAAGCUCAUGCAGUGCGGCUUCGAGGGUAUUGUGAUGCCGGGGCAAUUCCUCGCGGUGCAUUUUCGCCCCACCGCGCCCAUCGAUUCUUUGGCCGACCGCGAUGCGCUGACGUUUUUUCUGUUGGAGAACGGUGCGAGCUUUGUGACACCGAUGCCCAACGGCACGUUUCUCGCGGCCAUCGACAUGGACGACGCCGAAGGCGCGAAGUACCGAUCGGCCUCCGAGACGGAUCGCCACGGCCUGCCCUUGCUGCGCGAGCUAACGCACUCGGAGCUGGAGGCGGUCGUGAGCGCGCACAUGGCCCCUGUCUCGUUUGAGCAUGUGCUCUGGGCGUCGCACUUUCGCAUCAACGAGCGCCUCGCGACCACGUACGACGACGGCGAGCGUGUUUUCUUGCUGGCGACGCACGCGGUCAACCUCGGUUGGAAGCUCGGUUUCGUUCUGCGAGGUACUUGCAGCGAAAGCCUCUUGCGCACAUACGGAGAGGAGCGCCGGCUUGUCGGUGACGCUCUCGUCGCCAUGACGACGCGCGGCCAAGGCCUCGCCAGCAGCCGCAACACGUGGUUCCAUGCGCUGCGAAAGGGCGUGCUGCAGGCAAUGGCUGCCCGCCCGCUCUUUGCGUCCAAGGCCGCCGCGUUUCUCGGCGAGACUGCGAUUGCGUACCGCAAAAGUACCCUCUCGGCCGAGCACUGGGACAAGCCGUCGCUCGUGCCACACGCCUCGAAGCGCCGGCGCCAAAACUUUCGACGUCUCCUUGGCGCGCGCAUUCAGGCGGGCGAUCGCUGCCCGUGGCAUGUUCUGCCGUCUGAGACCCGUCCAAGCGCCAGCACGCAGUGUCUUGCGCUGCUCUUUGAAGGCCACGAUGGCGCCACCGUGGUGCCAAUGACGACGACAGAGCUCUCGACGCUCGGCACGCAGAUCAUCCGUGCAACCCACGGCGUUGUCGACGACUGCAUCGUCGUGCCGGCGUCCAACUCAGUCGCCCACGCGCGCUUUGGCGUCGAUGGCCAAUGCGUCUUCCUGUUGCGCCCCGAUGGAUACGUGGGGCUCCGCUGUGAGCCUCCGAGCGUCGAGUGCAUCGUCGACUACCUCGGUGCUCGAUUGGGUGUUCUCAAGCUUGAAAACGCGACGGGAUUUGAGCCCGUGGCAUCCGACUGGGUCCCGUACGCGGUUGCCAGUGCCGUUGCCGGUGGUGCCCUCGUGCUUGGUCAGUGCCUUGUCUAAGUGCCUCUACUUUGCUUGCUCAAUACAUUUGAUGGCCGUA